AUGGCCUCUGACCCCAUGCCAACGCCGGCGCCUUACCUUGAUCCUCAAAACAUCGAUCUCGGCGAACAAGAAGGCGCUCUCCUCAAUGGCAAGCAGCUGAAUGACUUGACGCCUGCGCAAGCAAGAAAAUUGUUCGAUCAGUUGCAAGGUUCGAGUCCACCACAUCCUGACGUCUCAAUUUCGGAGCAUGGGAUUACGGCUACGCGCGGGAAGCUGCCGCUCGUGUAUCAUGUGCAUGGCGGAGGAUGGAUAUUUGGCGAUGCUUUUGAUUAUACGGCUUUCGUUUGUGAUAUUGUGGGCCGGACAGGCUUCUCGGUAGUCUUUCCACAGUACUCUUUGGCUCCCGAGACACGCUUCCCUGUGCAAGAGGAGCAGUGUUUAGAAGUCCUCGAGCAUGUGCUCAAACACGGUGCUGAGUUCGGUGUCAAGGGCGAUAAGGUCGUGCUGAGCGGUGAUAGUGCUGGAGGCCAACUGGUAACAGCCGUCUCCGUCCUCAGCCAUCAGCGCGAGCUGAAUCUACCCAUCAUCCACCAAGUCCUCUGGCAUCCUCUGAUCGACUCCUCAAGCACGGGAGCCCGCUUCUCCGAAUUUCUGUUCCAGCAUGGUCCACUUCUGACUAACCCCUUUAUCCAAGAAGCUAUCACUGAUUACUUCGGCACCGACACCAAAGACCGCACCAGUAUCCUCGCCUCGCCUAUCCUGAUGACUACGCAGCAAGCGAAGGAGUUCAUGCCGUCCACGACCAUCAUUACGGGCCAAGCAGACUGGUUGAGAGAUCAAGGUCAGGACUUUGGGCAGCUGUUACAGAUGGCGGGAGUACCUUGUGCGAUCUUGCAGGAAGUGGCUUGUUUGCAUAUCUGCGAGGUGUCCAAAAGAAGUCGGACGAGUCCUACUGUUGAGUUGGUGAUGAUUGAUGUCUGUGGUAAGAUCAAAGAGGUGAUGUCAUUUGAUCACAAGGUGGGCAGCGAGCAUCAGGUUGAGCAUGAGAGGGCUGAAUACGGCAAGCCGGCGAAGAGGCGGAAGAGAUAG